AUGAAACUUCAAUGGAUAUUUCUGAUAACAAUAGCUUGGUUCCCAGCUUACGCUGAUGAUUAUUCCGAUGUCGAACUAUUUGAUGUUUAUGAAACAAGAUCUCGUUUGUUAACUGUUAAUGGAAAUAUGUACUUCCGAGCUGGCAAUAAUAAAAAUAUUACUUUCGUAACAGCCGGUGAGGGCUCUAUCUGGUUUGCAAAUACCGACAUCUCCAAACUACCGGCCUUGGCUGAUUUCAAUUCUCUGAAAGAAGAUACUGUCAACUUGAAAACCUCUUUUUUAUUUAUGGUAAAACAGCGAAGAAUACUGACAGAUUAUAUUCUGCGCUUAGCGAACAGCACAGACAACUUGUACAAAGUUAGUAAGAAUAUUUCAAUUGAUGUCAAAUCCUUACGGGAAUGGCGUAAAGAUAGAAAUGUAAAAGACGUCCGCCUAAGAAGGUUCUUAGGUCGAAUAUCAAAAGCCAUCAGGAGUUUAUUGGACAUCAUGACUAAGAAUGGCUGUAAUGAAAAUCCUUGCACGGGUGGCAGCACAUGUAUUCCUCACAUUGGGACAAAAGUUAUUUGUUUAUGUCCUCCCCAUAGAACGGGAGAUCUUUGUGAAAACGACGUGGAUGAGUGCGAAACUUUAGAAGAACCUUGUCAGAAUAAUGGAACGUGUGAGAAUGUCGUUAACGGAUAUAUAUGUCACUGCCCUAGAGGGUUUCAUGGACGUCGUUGUCAGUAUGAGCACUCUUCAUGUAGGAAAACUCCGGGACUGUGCGGUAAUGGAAUUUGUGUUGAUGCUGAUAUCGACUCGCAAGCUGACUACAAAUGUAUUUGUAAUGAUGGCUACAAACCAUCCGAUGAUCCUGAGAAUCCGACGUGCAUUGACGUAGAUGAAUGCCAAAACCAACCUUGUCAUCCUGGAGUUGAUUGUGUUAACUUGCCAGGGAGUUUUCAAUGUAGCGGAUGUCCGAAAGGCUUUCAUGGGAAUGGAAGAACAUGUAUGGAUGUGGAUGAGUGUGCUCGUGAAGACUAUCCUUGCUCACUCACACCAAAAGUAGCUUGUUUCAAUACCAUUGGAUCAUACUUAUGUGCAUCUUGCCCAGCAGGUUAUCGUGGAGAUGGUCGACAAUGCACAAGAACUAGUCCAUGCACUAACAAGCCUUGCCAUCCAUUAGCAGAAUGCCGAGAAGAUCUGGAGAGUAUGAAUGUUGGAGGAUUCAUGUGUAUAUGUGCUACGGGAUAUAUCGGCGACGGAAUGGGUUCAGAAGGAUGUUAUCAAGGAAACUCGACAGUAUGCAAGGGAGAUGAUCUAUGCUUGAAUGGAGGAACGUGUAGAGCUGUUUCUAAUCGAUCGUAUCAGUGUAUGUGUGAGAAUGGAUACUAUGGUGGUCGUUGUGAAAAGGCCUCUAAGUGUAUUUCAUCACCCUGUCAGAAUGGCGGAGAGUGUAUAAUAGAUGCUGUCAAUGAUUAUACAUGUAUAUGUAAGCCAGGCUUUUAUGGAGUUGAUUGUGAGAUGGAAGAAGAUGUUUGUGGUCAACACAUCGAAGAAAAAUCCGGUAACUUCACAUUCCCAGAUGACUUUGGGAAUGUUACUAAUGGAUUUUGUGAUAUUGUUAUCCAGCCAAUAUCUUCAAAUCAGUAUCUUAAAGUAACAUUCCUUUUCUUCGCUGAUAUGAUUACUGACUCGAGAGGACCAAUUGACUGCUCAACCACACGAGGCAAUGUAACCUUAUACGACGGAGAUAAUGAAAACUCCCCUGUUAUAAAAACUUUUUGCGGUCCACUGAGCUCGCACAAGGCUCCUAUUAUUGAAAAACCAAUUACCAUGACGGGAUCGAGAGCGAUGUUUAGGUUUAAAGGAAAAGAAGGAAGAUUCGGAGUAAGAUGGGAAUUAAAAGACCGAAGUUGUGGCUAUAGAACCAAUAUGCCAGGCAAGUUGACAGUUCCAGCUCAUCAUCUAGAUACCGCUUGCGAAUGGUAUAUAUCUGCUCCAGCUGAUAAGUACAUUGAAAUUGAAAUUCCAUCUGUCGAAUUCACUAGUGGAAGUGAAUUCAACUGCUCCAUCAAUGAACUGGAGAUAUUCGAUGGUUACAUAUCGUUCGAAUACCAUCGACUUCUUCGAGCUUGCUCUUCACAGAAUGACACAGUCACGUUACGUUCGGUCGGUCCAUUCCUAACAGUUGUUUUCAAGAGCAACACACUAUACGGUUCAGACAGUCCUCUACAAGAUGGAUUUGAGAUGAAAUACCGCUUCUUUACACCUGAUAACGCCUGUGGUGGAGACAUCGUUAAUACAGAAAAGCUACGAGAUUUUUCGGGAAUAAUUACAACUCCUAAUUGGGGAGGGUUUUAUCCAAAGAACAUUGAUUGUACAUGGAAGCUGGAUAUCUGGCCAGACAGCAAUGAAACUUCUACUUACCAAAGUCUUAAGUUAGAGUUUUUGGAUUUCAAUGUUCCUGGAAUAUUUGUUGUAUCUUCACCUAAUUCACUUUUCUCCCAAUAUAAUCUCUUCACAUUCAGCGGUAUUUCAGAAAUCCGUCGUAAAAGGAUAAAUAUGCUUCGUUCAGCUUUAUAUCCAGCAUAUUGUAUGGAAGAUUAUCUUAGAGUCUCGUACGAUGGUCAGCAUAAGCUGGAUGCUUGCGAUACUAAACCUCCAUUACAACAAUAUAUUUUUGAUGUUCCACAAAUUGUUCUACAAUUCCAUUCUGGUGAGAAGCAUGCUGGAAGAGGUUUCAGGAUUCGUUAUUCAUCGGUUUGUGAAAAACGUUUGUCCGGAAAUGGAACUAUUCAAACUUGGAACUAUCCUGAUGGUGGUCAUGCUGGAAAGUGUACAUAUUACAUAACUGCUGGCUUAUCUCAUGCUAUCACAUUAAAAUUCCAAACUGUCCGUUUCUCAACUGUCUCCGCAGCACAAUGCUUCUUACGCACGAACAAUACCGAAAUUGAAGAUUAUGUAGAGAUAUCCGGUGGAAGAGAAGAUUAUAAGCAUCUUAACCAGCGAUAUUACUGUAGUCGUUUCCCAUUAACUGAAGGACAUAGAUUCACUAUGAGUGCCGAAAAGCCUUUGAAGAUUGUAUUUUCGAGCAGCGGAGAUCCAAGAAAUCGUGGUCUGUUAUUAGAAUACGAAACGAUCGACGUCGGAUGUGGAGGAGUUUUCACAUCAUCAGGUGGUGUCAUCACAUCUCCUAACUAUCCAGAACGAUACUUGCCUCACAUGCAUUGUGUUUAUCAAAUUAACGUACUAUGGUCGAAGAAUGUUCGAUUGACAUUCGAACAUUUCGAUUUGGAAAUAGUAAGUAACGAUGACUGCACGUACGACAGAGUGGAAAUCUAUGAUCGCUACAUCAGUGAAACUAACAAAGGAAAGUUGUUAGGAAAGUUCUGUGGCUCUAUGAUCCCUCCAAGUAUACUAUCAGACAGAUAUCAAAUGGCUGUAGUGUUCUUCUCCGAUCGUUCUGUUGCUGGAAACGGUUUCUCAGCUAGAUAUGAAAGUGUCGAUGCGAAUGUCGAUUGUGAUAGAACAUUCACUGAACCUAGUGGUACUAUUAUCUUUGAUGGGUCGUCUGGAAGGUAUGGAAUAUGCGAGUUCCAUAUUGCUUUAUCCGUGCAAGCAGGAGUCAUUUUCAAGAUCAAUAAUGCGUCAAUUCCUUGCGGGAAAGGAAAGUUACAAAUUCGUAAUGGAGCGACUAGUCAAGCUCCCGGUUUUCCUGCUCUAUGGAGUGAUUCACAAGUUUGUGAUAAUCAUAUGUAUAUGGGACAGUUGAGAUCUCAUGGAAACAGAGUUUAUUUGAAGCUAUUAGCCACAGAUUCAAGCAAGAUAUUCUUCAAUAUCUCUUACGAACAGAUUGAAUCAAGCUGUGGUGGCAGAAUCUCGGGAGUUUCUGGUUCAAUUGCAGCACCACAGUAUCCUCUUCUGGAUACUCGUCCUAUGGAAUGCAAGUGGACUAUAGCUGUUGCUCUCGGAAAUCGCGUGCGUCUUUCUGUGGUCAUGUUAGAUGAUUUGAACUCUGCGGAUGAAAAUGGUUUCUGUGGUUUGUUUGCAAUGAACCGUUUGGAUAUUAUGGACGGACCAACAAUGGAUUCUCGGUUGAUAAGAAGAUACUGUAAGAAGUCAAUCGGAUCUCCUCCAUACGAUUCUGAUGAUCACGAAAUGGCUGUAUAUUAUAAGCAACAUUCAAGUGCUGGCGGAAAAGCUUUGUUUGGAUUUUUGGCUCAUUUCACAACUGAAUGUAAUGGAAUAACUCUAACUGACUACUCUGGUUCUAUUCAAUCACCAGGAUAUCCUGAUAAAGUUUAUACAAAUCGUUAUUGCUCAUGGAUAAUUCAGGUGCCAAAGGGUAAUCGAAUUGCAUUAUCCUUCAAGCAUUUCCUGGUAGAGGAACGUUUAAGAUACGGCAUGCCUGGCUGUAUUCAUAACUAUUUAUCGUUUGGUGCCAACGAAAUUGCACAAGGAGAUUUCCGAGUUAACAAAGCAAUACAAUCAAUGAACUCCUCGAUUACCAAUACUUGUAGUCCAUCUAUAGAACCUAUUCGUUUACAGUCGUCUGGAAACAUUUUGCAUAUAACAUUCCAAUCGAAGGGUAAUGAAGAGAAUAAUUUCUGGUUAACAUGGCAUACUGUGGGUUGUGGAGGAGAAAUAAUAACUCCACAGAACGUUUCUGUUAGUAAAACAGAUAUGGAUCCUAAUGCUGAUAUAUAUGAAUGCUUCUAUAAAAUACAGGCAAAGCCAGGAUUUAAAAUUCGCUUAACAGUACAUGAGCUCAACACAUUCCAACGUAAUCCCGGUAAAGCUUGUGCCUACAAUGAUGAUGAUUUCUCUGGAUUUGAGACUUUCGCUGGAGUUGACGCCCGAUCUAAUGUUUCUAUAGAUUCUGUGUGUGAUGGAAUCAAGAAUCAAUCAUUCCAAUCUCAUUCAAGCGAUCUUUUUGUUAGAUUAAAGGUUCAUAAGAAUGAUAUAAUGACAUCCCUCUCAAACAGUUCGUUCUUCUCUGCUUCUAUUGAGUUUUUGGAGACUAGUGCUAAUGACAAGGAUGAUUGUGGCGGUAUAGUUCAAGUCAAACACGGACAAGUUUCAUCUGUUCACUCUCCACGUUAUCCGUCUGAAUAUCCUCGAGGAACGUUCUGUAGAUGGGUUUUCCAGACAUCUGUCGGACAUCGUUUACAACUUACAUUGAAAGAGUAUACAACACCCAACGGCCAUCCACAGAAGGGGCAACCCGCUUGGAGACCAGUGAGCGUUAAUAACCUUACAUGCCAGUACCCUCUACCCGCUUUGGAAGGAUCACUUUCUAUCUAUCAGUCGGAUAAUGUAACCAAUCUAUCGAUCAUUGACCGAAUUUGUUUGGAUAUAACUCAGCCAAAAGUAUUUGACAUUGGAUCUGGCGAGGCAGUUGCACGUUUUGAAGGGGCAUCCGCUCCUAGACUUCAUAUGAGUUCGGAAGACGAGACAAACAAGAAAGUCGGAUUUGUACUUGAAGCCAGAGCAUUUUGCGGUGGAAUUGUUUAUGCUGAUGAGCUUGAUCAAACGAUUGAGUUGGUCAACAUGGCUCAAGAACAAUGUAACAUUACCGUACUGAAGCGGAAUCCAGAUGCAUCUGGAAUAGUGCUGCGUAUCGAUAAAAUUAUGGUUCGUUCCGUUGUAGAUUCAAGAUUUGGCUAUCAGGUCUUUGCUUCGAGCAUAAUCGAAGUGCAACUCGAUGAUGAGCCAAGGACGAGCCGAACGUACUACGGAAAUGGAUUAUCUGCGAGCUUAAGAUUGAAUCACGAAGAGCUGAGAGCUAAAAAUAAGAUAGAAAUUGGCUAUACGAGAACAAGAAAUAAGAAUGCAGCCAAUCUACAUUUAACCGUCUCUACUGAUAUAGAGUCUUGUGGGGUAGACUUAACCGAGCCUUAUGGAACGAUUUCCGUGCCAUCAAUGCAAACUAAUUUCGAAUGUACCUGGACCAUAAAUACCUCACCUGGUAACCGAGUUAUGAUCAGUUCUGUGAGGACAAUCAUGCCCGUUACUCCCAACUGUACCGAAUCAUAUUUUGAAGUUCGGCGAUAUAAUGAGUCUGGACCACUCGUCCUACGAGUUUGUGAAGCACAACCAUUCCUGGUUAAGAGUUCGAACUCUUAUUACAUACGAAUGCGGUAUUUGGCUCCUUCUCCCGAGAGCAGUUACGACGAUGAAACAGAAACUCCGGUCGCUCCAAAAGUAACUUUCCGUUAUGCGAAAAUCAAAGGUGGAGUUCAAGAGACACCCGGUGCUAUUGAAAACCCUGACUUCCAAGACAACGUCUUCACCAUUUGGAGAAUUCCAGGAGAAGCUGGAAAUUCCAUCAUGUUAACAUUUGAAAAGCUUGCCAUACCAUACGAUUACGUUGAUAGUACGAAGAUACCUGGUGGAUUAUACAUUUUCGCAACUGAUGAAGCGUUUAAUCGUAAUGAUAUUUUGGAAGGAAGUGAUUAUACUAAGUUUGUUGGAUUUGAACGCCCUGAUGAUUUAAUCAUCAAGGAUAAAGGAGUAACAAUUCUCAUGUCCGGUCUACCUCAAGCCACAGGUCUUGGAUUCCGCUUGAACUGGAAACGUUUGAAUGGCACUGACCAUAGCAUUCAGAACUCAACAACAUCUAAUCAAAUUGUUUUCAAUUGUGGAACUGAACUACCUGAACCGACUUACGAAUGGCAGGAACUUAGUUCUCCAACUGUUGACGAUCCAACUAUCACAGAUUCUGGAUAUCCAAACAACAUGAAGUGUAAAUGGACGAUUCAAAGACCUCGCAUGUCCGGAAUAGAAGUCCAAGUUGUUAAAAUGGAUUUAGAAGAUAAACAAAAUUGUAUGUUCGACUAUGUUUCUCUGGUUUCUGAGAGAAGUCCGGAUGAUGAGGGGAGGGACAUUCUCAUGGGUACGAGACUAUGUCGAAAAACUGAUCAGAACUUCACAAUCCAGUACACGUAUAACAAGCUGUUAAACGUUUAUUUCAUCUCUGAUAGAAGUAGAGGAGGAUCUGGAUUUGUUUUGAAAUACAGAAAGACGUGUUCAUCAUUUGAUUUCAUAAAAUCAUCAGAAGGCAUAUUCAAUCAUAAAAUCACUAUUCCUCCACCUUCUGUGAAGGAAUGUAGCUGGAUUUUAGUUCUUGGCUCUAACCGCCCUAUAAGAACAACCAUAUAUGAUUUGGAUCUUUAUGAAAGUCCUGAUUGUACAGUUGAUUACAUUAGUGUGAAAAAUAGAAACUUUGCUGCUCCGAAUAUAUCUCGUUUCUGCGGCAAGCGAGAAGACUCGGUGAACAUCACUUCUACAAGUUAUCAGGGAAAAAUCUUCAUUAAUUAUUCUAAUAAACCGAAAGGAGAUGAAAUUAGAGAUAGUUCUAAAGACAAUUUUGUAUUGGAAAUCCAAGAAGUCGUGGAAGAUUGUUCAAACGUCAAUUUCGUUCUGGACGAAUACACAAAGUCAAUGAUGUUCUAUAGUCCUGGAUAUCCGCACAGUAUUCCUCAUUCGAUUGAUUGUGAGUAUAGUCUUCAAGUACCUACUGGUCAUCGGCUACAGUUCACUGUAAAUCCUAGAGAAUUCAUGUUAGAAUCUAGCAACGACGAAUGUAUUUGUGAUUCGUGUGAUUGGCUUGAGAUCCAUGAUGGAGCAACAGCUCACAGUCCUCUGGUAGGAAAAUAUUGCGGAACUAAAGCUCCUUCAACAGUAUAUUCAACUGGUAAUAUGCUGUUCCUUCGCAUCAGAACUGAUUCUUUCGCUCCAAGUCAAGCCUUCUCAGCAAACUUCUCAAUUGCUACCUGUGGAGGAACAAUCGUUCUUGGAGAAAAUCAGACAAGCUAUGUUCGUUCACCCAACUACCCUGACUUGUAUCCAGACAAAAGUGAAUGUCAAUGGACAGUCCACGCUCCUAACACGCAUAUGAUCGAAGCCAGAUUGAACCAUCUAUGGCUUCCAUAUUCUGUCAAUUGUACCACGUCAUAUGUAAACGUAAGAGAUGGAAAUGCAACAGAUCCAUUCUUGAUAGAGUCUCAAUGUAACAGCCGACAGUACGAUAUCCUGGAAUACCGCACUUUGAGCAGUUUAGCGACAGUUGAUUUCAAAUCGAAUGUGACAACACAUGUUCGUAUGGGACGACAAUUCUGUCAGGAUAAGAAGUGUGGUUUCGAGUUACAAGUUCGAACGAGCGAAGUGGGAUGUGGUGGUAUAAUCAAUGAUGAUCACGGAACCUUACUCCCACCUGGUUAUCCAAACAAGCUUCUACCUCAUGUGAAAUGCCGUUGGGAGUUCUUCGCAGGAAUCGGACAUCGUUACUUGUUUGAAAUUGAAUUCACUGAUCCAAAAUCAGACGGAUUUUAUCAAGAACGAUUCAGUCCUCGUGGGUACAUCAACUGCUUCCCAGACGUUGUGCUGCAUAAUGGUGGGAAAGACUAUGAAAAAGCGAAUAUUUAUAGUCCUAAGUACUUCUGUAGCAAUGACACAACUUGGAUUAGUCAAUCGGAUGCUUCUAGCGUCUUAUAUUCCGAUUCAUUCCCACGUGAUUUCUUGGCCUAUCGAUACAAUAAGCUCAAAGAAAACAUGGACUUCUAUGUUCCAUUCAGAAUCAACUAUACAAAGGUUCCUGUGUAUGUUGAUCAGGCUGGAUGUAGUAUUGAGUUCAAGAAAAAUGGGACACAUGUAGUUCGUUAUGAUAGCAACGAUACUUCCACUAUCAACACAGGACAAUUCUGUCAUUUGGCCAUUGAACGACCAGAUGAUUAUGGAACAACAACUAUAAUCAUCUCCAAUUAUUCCGAUGGCCAGGCUUCGUUUUUAUAUGGCUGUACUCACUGGAACAGUUUCAUUGAUAUCAAGGGAAAAGCUGACAAAGCGUUUGAGGUCGAUGAACGUAUCUGUCACUCUACGUUCAAUGGAAAAUCAGAGCUAAUCAGAACAUUUACAAACAAAAAUUUGGAUAUAAACAUAGUGACUUUGUCGCUUGGAAUGAUUGAUGCUAAUGCACAUCAGUUCAAUAUGGAGAUCAUCUUCCAAAAAUGUGGUGGAGUGAUAACAGAACCAAAUAUGGGAGUAAUAACAAGUCCCAACUUUGGUGAAGGACGGACGUAUCUUCCGAACUCACAUUGUGAAUGGAUUCUAAUGGCUCCAGAAGGUCAACAAGUAGAGAUAACUAUAACAGAUCUUGAUGCUCAGAAUGACGUAGCAUGUAAACUAGAUUCUCUCAUUGUAUCUGAAGGAAAACAUGAUGAUGUUAUUCAUCGGUACUGUUUAGAAGAAGCAGAUGCUUCGAAAGCUGUUCAGGAGUACGCAAAACGAAAUGCUAAAAUCAGAAGCCAAUCGCGCUAUUUGGUUCUUGCUUGGCAUACUGACAGUACAGUUGAGAGACGAGGCUUCCGCUUAGAUUAUGAGUUCGUUGAUCUUGCAAAUGGAUGUGGUUUCCACUCAGUCCAAUUGACUGGAACAAUUCAUUCUCCGUCUCAUCCUGAGUCUUACCCUCCUGAUCAAGAGUGCAUAUGGGACAUUCAAGUUCCUCGCGGUUAUCAUGUGGAGUUAUCAUUUUCAUUAUUUGAUAUCGAGAUUUCUGAAAAAUGUGUGAAAGAUGCAUUGAUAAUAUCUGAGGAGCAUCAUACUUCUGGAAAAGAACUCUCCUCUGAAGACUCGUUUGUAUUGAUGGACGAAGAGAAACAUGCUCCUUUAUGUGGAUAUCAAACUCCUGCUCCAAUCAGAGUAUCCUCCAAUAGAAUGCGUGUUAACUUCACCAGUGACAGUAAGCUUAAUGGUAGAGGAUUCAAAGCAGAAUGGAAAGCAGUUUGCGGAGCUGUUUAUACUCAGCCAAAGAACACUAUAGAAUCCCCUCAUUAUCCGAUUUAUUAUCCAAAUGAGGAUAUGGUUUGCGAGUAUUUGAUAAAUCCUACAGGAGAAUAUUCAAAAUCGCACAUCCUUGUGAGAUUCAACGAUUUUGAUCUCAGUACUGUAAUUGAUGGUGUUCAAAUGACGAAAAAAAGAUUCAGUUGUGAUUCGGAUUACAUAGAAAUCAUAGAGACAGAAACAAAAAGAAGUGUCGUCUUCUGUGCAGGAGAUUCAGUUCCUGAUAGUGCAUUAGCAUUUAAGGGAGCUGUGGGCAUUCGCUUCACCGCCAGAAAAAUGUACAACGCACGAGCAAGAAAACUCAAUCGAGGAUUCCGACUUAGUUAUGAAAUUCAAACUUGUGGAGGAGACAUCCAAUUAGGCUAUGAUGAAGCUGCUGACACGUAUUCCUGGUCAACAAGGAUAGUUUCACCUGCAUUCCCCUUACCGUACCUUCAUCAGCUUAACUGUUCUUGGAAUAUAAGUGCUCCAUCAGACAGAGUUUUAGUGUCCAAAUUGGAGUACUUCCUUCUUGAAGUAUCGAAUGAGUGCGCAAUGGACUACUUAGAAAUAUAUGAUGGAACAGUUGCUUCGAACAAAUCUAGGAUAGCUAAGUACUGCGACAAUAACAUGUUACCCCGCUAUGAUCUACGAACCAAAUCAAGCAACAUGCUAGUCAAUUUCGUUACCGACAGUACAAACAACGAUGGAGGAUUUGUGUUGGUUGUUACAGCAACCUUAGGUCCUGAACAUGGUUGUGGAGGAACGCUGAGUGCUACCGAUGACUGGAAGACAUUGACUCCACCAAAGGAUUCAUCAGGAAACUAUUUGGAGAGCUUGGACUGUGGAUGGACCAUCUUAGGUCCCGAUCACAGCAUUGUUGAAGUUAGGUUAACUGAAAUGCAAACAGAAAAGCUUCAUAUGGUUCCUGGGGUUCGUCCAAAGCGCGUUUGUGUUGACAGCUUGGCGAUAUAUGAUGGUUAUCGAGCAUUUUCGCCACCACUGAUCGAAGACUUGUGUACAGAAACUGUCACAUCACUACCGGCAUACUACCAUUCGUCGCAUAGAGUUAUUCAUGCACACUUCAAAUCUGAUUCUUCAAACUCAGCUAGUGGAUUCAAGUUAGAUUAUCGAAUUAAGAAAAGUGAUUGUGGAAAAUGGCUUACAGCGACCGAUGAAGUUCAAACAGAAACUUAUGAAAGCAAGGCAGUUAGUGAAGCUCAUCACGUUCAAACAAUACAACGUUGUCAGUGGAUUAUCCAAUCAAAAGAGCAAAUACCUAUCUGGGUUCAGUUGAAAAACUUAAACUUCACCAAAAUCGGAUCGGACUGCUCCAACUCUUUUGUAGAGAUUCGUGAUGUUGGUCUCUUGGCUAAAUGCGAACACCCAGCUUGUGCUAAACGCGAAAGAGAUAAACGAACUAUACGGUACUGUGGAGAUGAAAUUGUUUCUCCAUUCGUAUCGAACACGAUGGUUGUUCAAAUAACAACAGCGGCUUUGAUAUCAGAUGAACAGAAGUCAUCAUUCUCCAUUAACUACGAACUGCUAGAAAACUGUAAUCGUACAAUUAACUUGAAUGAGUAUAAGAGUGGGCGUUUAACGAGUCCACACUAUCCUCAGCCCUAUUCUUCUAAUACUUCAUGUGAAACUACCUUAAUCUCAGAUACUGAUCAAGAAGUUCUUCUGACUUUCAAUCGCUUCAGUUUGGAAGAAGCUCAAGCCACUCUUUAUAGGAAAAGGAAUAUAACAUCUUCAAGAUUUGCUUCACCCCGUGAGAAAUAUCAUCGAACGUUCUUCUGUACUCACGAUUAUGUUCAAGUGUCUGAUAAUGACAUCAGUAAUUCGCAUCGAUACUGUGGAAUUGAUAAACCCCCAACAUAUUUCAACAAAACAAAAUCUUUGAAAAUUUUCUUCAAAUCGGAUGAGUCGAACGAGAGUCCAGGAUAUAAUGCUGUCUACACAACGGUGAAAAAGAGAACUGCCGAUGAGAUUGUUUUCAACCCCAUAUAUGAAGUGUCUGGUGGCUUGACAAAUGUGGAAUUCCCGAACAAAUACAAGAAAAAUAUGGUUCAGAGAUGGACUAUAAUCCCACCAAACGAUCGUGAUUGUAUUGUUAUGGUGACGAAGUUAAGUUUGGGAUUAUCGAUCGCCGGAACCGGAACCUGUGCUGACACUAAUGAGAGCCUACAAAUGACUCUUAGCUACAAGAAGGAUGGAGUCGAACAGGUUGCUAAGGAUAGUGUUCGGACCUGUUCUCAUGGAAUUGCUGUAAUUCAUGAAUUUGCCACGAGCGAGGAUCGAAAACUUAGUCUCACGUUCACUACAGAUGAUCGUGAUGAUAACGAUGGCGUUGGAUUCCGGAUGAUAUGGAACUGUGAUUUGGAAAAUUCGAAUAUGGGAUAA